GGUCCGGCCGAGGGAAGAUGGCGGCGGCUGGGGCUCGGCGCCGCCGGCUGGAGUCUGACGUGGGGGCGGCCGCUCUGGCCGCGGUAUGAGCCGCCCGGCCCCGCCCCAGCGCCUCGCUGCUCCCGGCUCGGCCAGGCCUCGCCAUGGCCCGGCUGGCGGAUUACUUCGUGCUGGUGGGCUACGAGCUGGACAAGCGGGGGAGCAGAGAUGGCCAGGGGCAGAUACUCCAGCGCUUCCCGGAGAAGGACUGGGAAGAUAACCCCUUCCCACAGGGCAUUGAACUAUUUUGUCAGCCGAGCGGUUGGCAGCUCUUCACCGAGCGGAAUCCCCCCACCUUCUUCGUUGCCGUGCUGACGGACAUCAGCUCCGAGCGACAUUACUGCGCCUGCUUCACCUUCUGGGAGGCCGUUGAGAGUGCCCAGAGCCACUCAAGGAACGGUGAGGAGGAGGAAGAGGCGUCGGUGUCCCACGUCCAGCCUGCACAGCUCUUUGCUCCCAAGAGUCUGGUGCUCGUGUCACGACUGGACCACACGGAGGUUUUCCGGAACAGCCUGGGUUUGAUCUACACCAUCUAUGUGGACGGGCUGAGUGCAUCGCUGGAGAACGUCAUUGGAAACCUCUUGACAUGCACCAUCCCCAUUACAGGGGGAGCUCAGCCUGACGUGGAGGACGAAAGAGCGAGGACGAUCUCUCUAGGGGCAGGCGACAGGCAGGUGAUCCAGACGCCCAUCAAUGACUCUCUUCCCGUCAGCAGCUGCAGCGUAGCACUGCUCUUCCGGCAGCUCGGGAUCACCAAUGUGCUGUGUCUCUUCUGUGCUGCACUCACCGAACACAAGAUCCUGUUUCUCUCCAGCAGUUACCAGAGACUCACGGACGCCUGCCGGGCCCUGCUUGCGCUCAUGUUCCCCCUCAAGUACAGUUUCACGUACGUGCCCAUCUUACCUGCACAGCUCCUUGAGGUGCUGAGCACGCCCACACCCUUCAUCAUUGGAGUCAGCUCCAUCUUCCACUCGGAGACGCAGGAACUGUUGGAUGUCGUCAUAGCAGAUCUGGAUGGUGGGACGGUGACCAUCCCAGAGUGCAUUCACAUCUCCCUGCUGCCUGAGCCACUGCUCCAUCAGACACGAGAAGCCCUCUCCAUGAUCUUGGACCCUGAGCUGGAGGUAGCAGACUUAGCAUUCCCCCCAUCAACCGUCUCUGCCUCCUCCCUCAAAAUGCAGGACAAGGAGAUCCGAGCUGUCUUCCUCCGCUUGUUUGCACAGCUGCUGCAGGGCUACCGCUGGUGCCUGCACAUCAUCCGCAUCCACCCAGAGCCAGUCAUCCGCUUCCACAAGGCAGCCUUCCUCAGUCAGAGGGGGCUGGUGGAGGAUGACUUCCUCACCAAGGUCCUGGAAGGCAUGGCGUUCGCUGGCUUUGUGACAGAGAGGGGUGCCCCAUACCGAGCAAUUGACCUGUUUGAUGAGCUGGUCGCCUGUGAAGUGAAGCGGAUGCGUGCCGAGGAGGGGAGCAAGCAGAAAAUACUGCGGCACAUCAAGGAGCUGGCAGAGCAGCUCCAUAAAAACGAGAACCCAUACCCCGCAGUGACAAUGCACAAGGUGCAGAAGCCUACAGAAGGCUGCUACCUGCGCCUACACCAGAGGCCUUUUCCCCGCUUGGACGAGGGGACAGUCCAGUGGAUCAUCGACCAGGCCACUGCCAAGCUGCAGACAGCCCCGCCGGCUGUGAAGGCGGAGAAGAAGUGUAUGGUGCCAUCGGGACCCCCCAUUGCUGCCAUCAUGGAGCGCAAUGGCAGUGCCCUGGCCAACAGCGCCCGCCGCCUGGAGGUGGUCAGGAACUGCAUCUCCUAUGUCUUCGAGAACAAGAUGCUAGAAGCCAAAAAGCUGCUUCCAGCUGUGCUAAGGGCCAUGAAGGGCCGAGCAGCCAGACACUGCCUGACCCAGGAGUUGAACCUGCAUGUGCAGCAGAACAGGGCCGUACUGGACCACCAACAAUUCGACUUCAUUGUCCGCAUGAUGAAUUGCUGUUUACAGGACUGCACUGCCAUGGAUGAGCAUGGGAUUGCAGCAGCGCUUUUGCCACUAGUCACUGCUUUCUGCCGAAAACUGAGCCCGGGCAUCACGCAGUUUGCCUACAGCUGUGUGCAGGAACAUGUAGUGUGGACCAACAUCCAGUUCUGGGAGGCCAUGUUCUACUGCGACGUGCAGAACCACAUCCGAGCCCUGUACCUGGAGAGCAACGGGGAGAACCACGUGGAUGAGGAGGGCAAGGAGGGACCUCAGGAAGAGAAAUCUGCCCUGGAGAUUGCGUCGGAGCAGCGGCGGCUGUGGCCUACCAUGAGCCGGGAGAAGCAGCAGGAGCUGAUCCAGAAGGAGGAGAGCACAGUCUUCAGCCAGGCCAUCCACUAUGCCAACCGUAUGAGCUACCUGCUGCUGCCCCUCGACACCAGCAAGAACCGGCUGCUGCGCAGCUCGGGGCUGGGCGACGUGGAGAGCGUCAGCAACAGCUUUGUCACCAACAGCAUUGCCGGCAGUGUGGCCGACAGCUACGACACGGAAAGUGGGUUUGAGGAUGCCGAGAGCUCCGAUGUGGCCAACUACGUGGUCCGCUUCAUCAACCGCUUCGUGGACAAGGUGUGCACAGAGAGCGGCGUCACCAACGAGCACCUGAAGGGGCUGCACAUCAUGAUCCCUGACAUCGUGCAGAUGCACAUAGAGACACUGGAUGCUGUGCACAGGGAGAGCAAGAGGCUCCCUCCUAUUCAGAAGCCCAAGCUGCUGCGCCCCAGCCUGCUGGUGGGCGAGGAGUGCGUCAUGGAAGGGCUCCGUGUGUACCUCAUGCCCGACGGACGUGAAGAAGCUGCCGGAGGGAAUAUUGGGGGCCCCCCACUGCUCCCCGCGGAAGGAGCCAUCUUCCUCACCACUUACCGCAUCGUUUUCAAGGGCACACCCUCGGACCCGCUGGUGGGGGAGCAGGUGGUGAUCCGGUCCUUCCCCAUUGCCUCAUUGACCAAAGAGAAGAAGAUCAGCACCACGGUCCAGACAGAUCAGUUCAUCCAGGAGGGGCUGCAGCUGCGCUCAUGCACAUUCCAGUUGCUGCGGAUCGCCUUCGACGUGGAGGUGGCUUCAGAGAGCGCCGAGGUCUUCAGGAAGCACCUGCACAAGCUGCGCUAUCCCCAGCACGUACGCGGCACCUUCGCCUUCACCGUGGGCCAGUCGCCCAAGCAAGCCAUGCAGCCCAAGGCCAAGGAGAAAAACCCCUCACUCAGGACGCUUUCCAAGAACCUGGUGAAGAACGCCAAGAAGACCAUUGGCCGCCAAUACGUGACCCGCAAGAAGUACACACCACCUGCCUGGGAGCAUCGCAGCAGCCAGCACUUCCAGGAGGACGAUGAGGAUGAGAUCUCAGUGUCUGAAGAGAUAGACAGGAGCACCCUGACCCCCUCCACUAUCAUCAAACCUUCAGACAAGAUGACCAUGAGCCACCUAGUAGAGCGAGCCUGCUGCCGCGACUAUCAGAGGAUGGGGCUGGGCACACUGAGUAACAGCCUCACCCGCUCCAAAAACGAGCCCUUCCGCAUCUCCACGGUGAACCGCAUGUACGCCAUCUGCCGGAGUUACCCCGGGCUGCUGAUCGUCCCGCAGAGCAUCCAGGACAACACCAUCCAGAGGAUCUCGCGGUGCUACCGUCAGAACCGCUUCCCUGUCGUCUGCUGGAGGAACUCCCGCACCAAGGCCGUGCUGCUGAGAUCGGGGGGACUGCAUGGCAAGGGCGUUGUGGGCCUCUUCAAGUCGCAGAACACCCCUACUGCAGGCCCGUCGCAAACAGACUCCACCAGCCUGGAGCAGGAGAAGUACCUGCAGGCAGUGAUUAACUCCAUGCCGCACUACGCUGACGCCAGCGGGCGCAAUACGCUCAGCGGCUUCACCUCUGCGCACAUGAGUAGCGCAGAUUCUUCCGACAAGAGGCAGCCCAAGCUGGGAUCGCUCAUGAAGCAGGUGAUGGGAGGGAAGGACGAUGGGCCAGGCACUAUUAGCCGAGGAGUGCUAGGUCCCAGAGCUAGGGUGGUCACUCUGUCCACCCCCAAGGGUGCAUCGGUGAAGGGCCGCGAAAGUCCCCGAGGCAAGUGGGGCAGCAUCCGGGCCAGUGGGCGCAUGAGCAACUACGUUUUGAACAUGGAAAUUGGGUCCCGCCUGGCUGGGAAGGACCUGGUGAGCGCUCAGCACAACGGGGCCCCCUCUGAGGCCAGCUUCCUGCGCCAGCACCGGGCCUCCCUCUACAUCAUUGGGGACAAGUCGCAGCUGAAGGGAGCGAAGCCAGACCCGUUGCAGCACUGGGAGGUAGUGCCCAUCGAAGUGUUUGACGUGCGGCAGGUGAAGGCCAGCUUCAAGAAGCUGAUAAAGGCCUGCGUGCCCGGCAGCCCCUCAACAGACCCCAGCCUCACGUACCUGCGGACCCUGGAGGAGUCCGAAUGGCUGUCCCAGAUCCACAAGAUCCUGCAGGUCUCCGUGCUGGCGGUGGAGCUGCUGGAUACAGGCUCCUCUGUGCUGGUCAGUUUGGAGGAUGGCUGGGAUAUCACCACGCAGGUGGUGUCCCUGGUGCAGCUGCUGUCAGACCCCUACUACCGGACAAUGGAGGGCUUCCGGCUCCUCGUUGAGAAGGAGUGGCUGUCCUUUGGACACCGCUUCAGCCACCGCGGAGCCCAGACCCUCGCCGGUCAGAGCAGCGGCUUCGCUCCUGUCUUCCUGCAGUUCCUGGACUGUGUCCAUCAGAUCCACCUCCAGUUCCCCAUGGAGUUUGAGUUCACCCAGUACUACCUGAAGUUCCUCAGCUACCACUACGUCUCCAAUCGCUUCCGCACCUUCCUGCUGGACUCGGACUACGAGCGGAUCGAGCUGGGCCUCCUGUAUGAGGAGAAGGGCGAGCGGAAGAGCCAGCAGGUCUACAAGUCCAUCUGGGAUUACAUCGACCGGCUGAACAAGAAAACCCCUGUCUUCUUCAACUACAUGUACGCCCCCGAGGAUGGUGAGGUGCUGAGGCCCUACAGUAACAUCUCCAACCUGAAGGUGUGGGACUACUACAGCCAGGAGGUCCUGUCCGAGGGCCCCUCCUACGACUGGGAGCUGGCGCAGGGGCAGCCAGAGCAAGUGGAGGAGGUAGAUCGGCAGGACUCCAGUGCCCCGCAGACCAAGCGCAAAAUCAUCUGGCCGUGUUACGACAACCGCAGCCGAGUGGAGCCCGAUGCCAUCUCCAAGCUGCUGGAGGAGCUGCACAACCUGGAGGCGGAGCUGGGCCAGGUGCCGGAGUGCUGGAAGGACGCGUGGGACAAGGUCAAAGCCUCCCAGCGCACGGAGACCCGGCAGGAGGUCAGCAGGAUGGCGUCCAGUUCCCUGCUGAUGUCCUCCAGCCUUGUGCCCCACCGGCGCUCGCUGGGGGUCUACCUGCAGGAGAGCGGCGUGGGCUCCACCCUCAACCUCAGCCUGGACAGCGACACCAGCAGCCCCUCCGCCCCGUCCAGUGGGAAGCAGGGGGGCCGCAAGAGCACCAGCAACCUCUACAGCCAGUUCCAGAUGUCAGAGAGCGAGAACAGGUCCUACGAGGGGACGCUCUACAAGAAAGGAGCCUUCAUGAAGCCCUGGAAGCCCCGCUGGUUCGUGCUGGAUAAAACCAAACAUCAGCUGCGGUACUAUGACAACCGGAAUGACACGGAGUGCAAGGGGGUCAUUGACCUGGCAGAAGUGGAGUCUAUCACCCCUGGCACCCCCACCAUGGGGGCCCCCAAGACAGUGGAGGAGAAGGCCUUCUUCGACCUGAAGACGACGAAGAGAGUUUACAAUUUCUGUGCCCAGGACGUGCAGCUGGCCCAGCAGUGGAUCGACCGCAUCCAGAGCUGCUUGUCGGACGCGUGAGCCUGGCUCAGCAGCAGCCCCCGUUCCAGGCACCGAGCCCCCGGGCCCUGGCGCGUGAAGCAGAGGCAAUGCCCAGGGUUAGCACCUGAGCUGGCCCAGGUCUGACUGACUGAGGAGGAGGUGGCCGGAGGCCUGACUCUCCCCCACUGCCAGGGGCACAUCAUACCGCAAAGCCCCAGGCCCCCUGCGUGCUCAAGGACAGAAGCAGGGGUCAGGGCAGGAUCAGUCUGUUACACUAUGGUAGGAACUGUCCAGUGCAGGAACUAAUUGCAUUGAAGUGUCAGGCUGGGGCAGUGGGGAGCCAUUCUCACAACCCCCACUAAGCCUGUCUGAGCCACAUAAUUACCGGCUCUCACCCCUGGCAGGACACGGGCCUCGGGUCCCCGGCUGGGCAGCACAGCUCCCACCCCUGGCAGGACACGGCGUUUGUCUGAGCAGUGCUCUGGUUCUCUUGUGAAUGCUGCCGUGGGGUUUUACUGGCCUGUUGCUGGGAGAGGCUCCGGGAGGUGCUGUGCAUUGAACCCGCCACCCCCACCCUGUGCCAUUGGGGAGCAGCUGGAGCUUUCCCCAGUUACCCCUCUGCACGCCCAAGAGCUGCCCGUGAACUUGCACAUCCAGUCUGUAAAUCCACGUGACCCAGACUGUGCUCUGCUGACCUGCCGCCAGCCCCUUGGGGCGCUUGGCCCAGCCCUUGUGAGCUCAGGGUUAGCCUGUCCAGCCAGACCAGAAGAGAGCUCCAUGGAUAGGAGGCUGAGAGCGCUGGGACCAUCCUGCCCACCCCAAGUCCAGCAACUGGGCCAGAUCCCGCCCUGGGGACAGGCACGAUCUCUGCUGGCAGUGUCUGGGCACCAGUGAGGGCUGCCUGCCUAUCCCAGCGUGGGGAGAAGAGGGACCUCCUCCCUGUCCUGCUCUGGUGGGAUGGGUGGUCUCUCAUUAGCAGUAUUGUAGCUUUAGAGUCAGCCCCUCUUCUGGUCUGCCCCUAGCAGGGGAGGGGGGAGACUGAGGCCUGGGACCUUCUUGACCCAGCCAUGUCCCGCCUGCUGUCAUGGGACUUGGCUCUGGCACAGCCCUGGAGCCCCCCUCCCUCUCCUUGCAGUGACUGUGGGGAGAGGACGCUGUGUGGCUGGGUUCUGGCGGGCCCCUUGCUCCCAGAGAGGCUCCCUGGGGCGAGUGGUAGAACAGGAUAAUGAGGCCAGUCCCAGGGACUGUCCACAGGAGCAGUGUGGCAUGAGCCCCUCACCUACCAGCCUUGCUUUGGGCUCGCCAGCCACGUGGCCCAAGCUUGGAGAUCACAGCAUAGAGCUGCUGCCUUUUCUCUGUCAGCUCUCGGGGCUCUCCCCUGCUUUGCAGCCCCAGCCCCUGCAGCUUGUGCUUGGAUCGCUGCAGCCCCAGCCCCAGCCCCGUGGCAUGCAGCGGCAAAUCUCCAUGCAGCCACUGUACGCCAGCUGCAGAGCGAGGCCUCCACUCUGAGCUGGGAUGUGCCCCAGCCUCCAUGGGGGCUGACCUCAGCUCCUUGAGAUCCCCAGAGUGCAAUGGAGCCAUCGUGCUGGGGUGUUCAGGGCUCAGCUCCUGACCCCACCUGAGCUGUGUACCAGGGACAACCUUGUACUUCAGUCCCUGCUCUCUAGCACCUCCACUGAGCCCAGCCCUGCUGCCCUCCCCAGCCCGCUUCCUGCUGUAACUUAUUGUCAGUGCAAAGGUGGAAUCAUGAGACUGAGGCGAUGGCAUCUCUGGUACAGAAACAAAUCCUUUAUCCUCCCCGUUUGCACCGUGGCAAGCUUAGCCCCCAGCAGCUCACAUGCUAGAGCCGUGUGCUUGUCCCAAAACCCAGCGGGCACCUGUGUGUGGUCCCCUGGGGCUAAGGAGCUGCCUGUUCACAGGAGCCCGUACCUGGCCUCGGUAGCACCCCCCAUCGGUUAGAGUUCACCACCUUCCUGCCAUUGCUCCUUGGGCCUGGGACCUGCCCUUUCCCUCCCCCCUCCUGCUGCUCAAAACCAGGGUGGCUGACCGUUCUACCUGUCUUGUUUUUAAAGGAGUACCAUGUUUUAUUUCAGUGCAGAGCUCUUUGUACAGUCUUAACCCCAGGGUCCCCUCUUCCUUUCCCUGUAUGAUAAUGGCAGUGGCAGGGAGCUGGUGCAACAGGGAGGUUUUUGUAACUUCCCGGAGCAGUUGUAGAUUAUUGAAGUUUCUGUACAUUGUGUCAACCAUACAGAGUCCUUGUAUUGUAUUGUGCCUAGAGGGAAAAUGUUGUUAUAUAAAGAGAGAACUAACUGAAUUUAAUAAAAAAUUAAUAUGCA